AAAAAGACAAGGAAGCACUGACUGGACAUUGCCUUGUUCUUUCCUCUCGUCUCUCUCUCUCUUGCUCUCGAUUCACGUCUGCUUUGCUAUCCUCGUUCCACUUUCACUGUAUCUUUCUCUUCCACCAUCAUGCCUCGGGUACGGAAUGGGGGAACAGGUCCCGGGGCGCCUAGGCCUGGGAGAACACGGGCCAAGUCAGGCUGUUAUACUUGUCGAGUCCGGCGCAAGAAAUGCGAUGAAGUUCGGGACCACAAUGGCCAUUGCAAGACCUGUGUUCGGCUCAAAGUAGAAUGCCUUGGAUUUGGCCUUAGACGACCACGAUGGCUCACCAAGCUCAAAUGCCAGGAAAUUCUAUUUAAAAUCAAGAAUUUCAUUUCGGGUGGUUCUGUUCUUCCUCGACAGUCACGUCCAGAUGUUUCGUAUCUGAUACUACGGGAUGAGGACUUGGAGACAAUCUCUUCUCUGAGAGACACUCUCGACACCUAUGACGUUGCCCCCUUUCCUUGUGACGACUUUGCUGUAGACUCGGACUUUGGCCCGAUAGAAGUAGAAGGCUCGCUCAUACCUUGUAGCCAAAACAAUCUCUUGUCGCCCGAGUCUUCGUCAUCCUUUCACAGCACCUCCCAACCAAUAGUAUCCUACAGCUCAGAUUCUACAUUUCUUUAUAUCUACUCCCUACCUUUCGGUCUCAUGGACAUCGAAUCUAGGCUGUCCGAUGCCGAGCUCGACAGACGCUAUACCAGCAUAGUUGUUGGUAUGCAAUACCAAUUUUCCGACGAAAGGACACGCUCCGAAAUAUUGCUCUCUAUUCAGCAUCCGGGACAUCAUCAGGCUUCGACCCGCUUGCUGGCUUUCAUUCACGAACGACGCCACGAUUCUCCCUUGUCCAUUGCCUUGGACGAUGACUCUGCCCAACCGCGCUAUUCCGAACUCAUAUUAACUCUCAAUGACCCCCGUUCUUACAACGACGACCAAGCAAUGGCUUCGUUGACUAUGAUAUCCACUCUCCUCUUCGAUGGCGGAAUGGGAAACUGGGAAUAUUGGCUGAAUUUGGUCGCCAAAUAUGCGCAUAUCCUGCUCGGCGUAUCCCCCCAACAUGCUCUCAUGUGUUGCAACAGGAAACAGGCUUUCCUCAUCAAAGCGUGCAUUUGGUUCGACGUCCUCGCAUCCGUGACGACUCAAACAGAACCUAGCUUCCUCCAUGUCACAAGGGAAUUGUUCUCUCCGUACGCCAGUGGUGUUUCGGACACCAAUAAUCCCGAUAGUGACAUGAUGACGGUCAUGGGAUGCGAGAGUUGUGUCGUUUGGGCCCUAGCAGAGAUAUCAGCACUUGCUGCAUGGAAACAGCAAGAACUCGAUAAAGGCAGGCUCAGCAUCAUGCAAUUGGUUGAGCGAGCAGAUCCUAUCUUCCGAUGCCUUGACAAACCGCUGAACACAUAUCGCUAUCCUGAUUCUCGGAGCCUGUGCUCGGAGGUAUUCCGGAUGUCUGCAAGGGUUUAUUUGCUCUCAGUCGUAAAUGGGGAUUUUCCAGGUGCUGCUGAUACGAAAACGGCGGUGGAGGAGGCGGUUCAACUAAUGCGUACAGCGGAUAACGCGGUGGUGAGGAGCACGGUGUUUGCCUUUUUCGUGUGUGGGUGUCUUACGAACGAUGAGGGUUUAAGGAGGGUUUUGUGUGAGCGGUUACAGAGGGAAGGGAGUGUUGGGAAUUGCUCUGCCGUGCUUGAGUUGCUGGAGCAGGUGUGGUCGGACCCGAGAGGGAAGCAGGAUCCUGUCCCUUGGAGGCGGGCCCUGAGGAGCGGGAACUUGUUGCUGGUGUGAAGCCUUUUCGCUGGCCGAUGUUGUGUAGUCUUGGAUUAGUAUAUGAGUUGUUAUUUGUGUAGU